GAAGCGCGUGAAGUUGUUGUAGUUAGACCUCUUGUGUAAUAGCUUCAAAAACAGCGGAAAAAUGAGUGAAUCACAGCUCUUUGAGGACGAUUCAACGUCUAUUGAGUUUACAAAAUUCUUAGAGUUUGCUGAAAGUCUAAACAUUCCCAUCAACGAAGACUAUCUCAAGCAGAUUCGAUCUCAUCUCGAAGGCUCGCCGAACGGCACGUAUGUGGAUGUGGGAGUCAAAGACAGCAAAGGACACGAAGCUGUUAACGAAAGAAGACUUCAGAAUGCUUUAUGGCGAUCCUGGUGGAGGCAAAGACGGGCUAGGUAUAACACAGGACCUCAAACUUUACCUUCCCAAGAAGAACAUCUUGAUCUCAAGCUUGACAACAUGGCUACAGGUCGUCAAGUUUGGGGAAAAGAUAUAGGCGAUAUUCCUACGGAAUAUACCAUGAACGACCUUCAAGAGCAUGAAUUACCAGUAAUUGGAACUUAUGCUGAUUCAAAAGUGCUCCCUGGGUUUCGCUACCGUGUUCGGGUUUGUGGUAGAAAAGAAGAUGAAUUCCUUUUCGAUGGCAAGGCUCUGCGACUAGCUCGCAUUGGACCGGGCUAUGGCAAAAGGCUAACAUUUGAAGACGAAGAUAUCCUUUCCAACGAGAAUUUCUUCUGGUCUGAUAGUAAUCCUGACGGUGGCUACGCAUUCUCCAUUGAGUGUAUUUCUGAGGGAGAGCAUUUUGAUAUUUUAGAUAGUAGGAAUGCUGUUAUUGGUGGAGCUGUCAUGACACAUGUGAACAAGAAACAGCUACUUCUUUCAUCUCAUGUUGACGAACGUGGUACCACCGUAACAGCAUAUGUGGAAUUCAAGUGCAAGUUAUCUUUUGAUGACCAUAAAGGUUGUAAAUCACAGAGCUGUGAUGUUUCUUUGACAGGAACAGUUCUUUCAUUCAAACCUUUAAAAUCAAAAAUUCCAACUCUUACCAAAUUAACUGGAGUGGAAUUAACUGGAAUGGGACAGUGUGUACUUCAGAAGUGUAUAUAAACAAAAGCAAUGAUGGUCAAUCUUUGAAUAUCUCAAAGACUAUUAAUAACAAUUGAUUUUUCCUGGAUUGCAUAAUGCAAUUUGCAUAUAUUUGUUUGCAUGAUAACAAAACUUUUGGCAAAGAAGUUAUAAAUUAAGACUUUUAGCUCUCUAUAUUGAGUUUUAAAUGUUAAUGGUAAAGAACUGAUGCAAUCAUUGGGCAUAUAACCAACCGAUCAGUGAAUUCCAAUAUCCCUUUUGCUAUGCUCAUCAGACAAAUCUUCAUAUUGCCCUUUUGGGAUCCCUCUGGUAUCCGAGUGGGAAGGGAGAGAGAUGGCUGAAGAGCAGGCUACCCAUAUGAUUGUUAGCUGUUUACUGUAAGCAAGAAAGGAGGAAUCAAUGGCUCCAGGUUACUAUUCACUGAUUUUCAGGGGCCUUAUUUUUAGAAGUAAUAUUAGUUGGUUCUAUUGCCCAAUUUAAGCAAGAACAGUGAUGCAAUGCGAUGUAUAAUAGUAAGUUUUAUCAUAUAAUUAUCUAUGAAAUACCUAUAUUUCUCCAUUUCGUAAAAUUGAUAUUUUCACUUUUCACUAGUGAAAAUAACACAUUCAGGGUUUCUCUAUAUAGUGGAGUUAAGAAAAAAGGUAUUUUACGGCAUAAUUUGCUUUCAAAUGUAAUUAUAUGAUAAACAGAAUAUUACAUGGUCGCUUGGAGAUACGAAUUUUAUCUUCUCGUGUUGAAAAUCUCUUCAACACUCGAAGAUAAAAUCAUUAUCUCCGCGCGCCCAUGUAAUAUCCUCUAUUUAACUGGAAAUGUUAUAGAUUCUUAUGUAAUAUACAAUAAUUCUAAAUGCCUAUGGUAAAUGUGUUGUUUAUACAGUAAUGAUAUUUUAUUAAGAGAUAUGCACAUCUUGUGAUACACUUUAUGUGAAAGAAGAAGCUGCAAAUUUGACUAAAUUAGUGUAAUCUUUCAAGAAUAUUUAUUUGUACUUAUCUAAAAGGUAUAAAAGUUGAUAUAAGACUUGGUCUUCUUUGAUGAAGUUGUUAGUAUUGGUAUUGUGAAAUAAAUGUGUUAAUCCAUUA